AGAGAGAGAGAGAGAGAGAGAGCAUCAGCAUCCAUGGACCAGUCUGCUGUAAUAGAAAGAAGCUGCUAUUAUCACCAUUAACGCCAUUCUGUUUGUCCUGAGAAGAGAGAGAUUUCGUAGACUACACCUUUCUUUUGGGUCAUGUUGAAUUGACUAUUUACGAAUUACAGUCAUGUUCUUUUUAUGAGCUAGCCUAUCCUGACAGUUUAUGGAACACUGUUAAAUGAGACUGGAAUAUCUGCAUUGCCUGCCACUGUCUGUGGAGCCCUACGAUCGAGCGCACCACCCAGUCGAGACAGUAACGCAUGAUCACAAAGAGAUGUCAGGCAUUUUUUGAGAAACAUUGAAUGUUUUCUGUACCAUCAUCAGCCUUGCAAAAUACCAGAAGGUAUAAUAUUUGUAUUCUACAAUUUCUAAUCAAAUCACGGUCCGUCCGGAAUCGUAGCCUAUUUCCAUGCUUUCUGUUUAUAAGGAGGCAAUACUUCUCGACCAAGACCAAUGAGAUCUGUGCUGUGGCCGCAGCGAAGUAGAGUUGUGAAAAUAGCGUAAAGACUUUUGGACAAUUGUCCUCUCGAAUGCUUUCACGAUAAACCUGUGUGAUUGAUUCUGAAUGGUGCGGCAAGAGAAGGUUAAUUCUGGUUUUUUUGGCACCAGCGGAUGCUGCGCCGAAGAAUGGGAUACGCCGACCUUACGUCGGGUAGAGAUUUACUCGGCAAUAGGUCGCUUUGUUUUAUAUUCAUUUGCGCAUUUGGACUGGUUACACUUUUACAACAGAUUCUCAAUGGAAAAAACUACAUUAAAAGGGAGGAGAUGGAAUCUGUCCCAUCCAGUAGGGGUCAGCGUCGUGGCCUGGGAGGGUACAGGUGCUAUGCACCUCUCAAAGGUGGCCUAUAUGCCGCUGUUGUCUGUAAACCUGUGCAACAGUUUAGCCGACUCAAAGGAGACGAGACAGGAAAUUGGACCGGUCCUGUAAAUGUCUUGGAUGAUGGAUCUCUGAAGCCUGCCAGGAAUGUGAAGAAAAGAUGUUUCCGUCAGAAUUUUCAGCCCGAUUCACAGAGCUCCGUAAUAGUCACACCCUGCCUAGCCGAUAUUAAGAAGAAAAAAAAACGCUCUCAAAGGUAUCUGGACUCAUACGAUGGAUCCUACGAAUACAACUCCACUGCAUGCAAAGAGCUCAGGCAGGAGAUUAUGGAUGUCAAAGUCCUGACCAUGGUGAAGACGUCGGAGCUGUUUGAGAGAUGGAGGAACCUGCAGGUGUGCAAGUGGCAGCAAAACAUGGUGGAGACCAACAACUUCAAGAUGUCUCUGUCGCGGUGUUGUAAUGCGCCCUCCUUCCUGUUCACAACCAAGAGGAACACCCCAGCAGGCACCAAGCUGAGGUAUGAGGUGGACACCAGUGGCAUCCUGCCCAUCAGUACUGAGGUCUUCAAGAUGUUUCCUGACGACAUGCCUUACUCCAAGUCCCAGUUUAAGAAAUGUGCAGUUGUUGGAAACGGAGGAAUCAUCAAGAACAGCAAAUGUGGGAAGGAAAUUGACUCUGCAGAUUUCGUGUUUAGAUGCAACAUACCACCCAUCAAUGAGAAGUAUUCAGCUGAUGUAGGCGCCAAAACGGAUCUGGUGACGAUUAAUCCAAGUAUUAUAACGGAGAGAUUCCAGAAGCUAGAGAAGUGGCGGCGGCCAUUUUACGAGGUUCUUCAGAACUACGAGAACUCGUCAGUGGUCCUACCCGCCUUCUACAACACGCGUAACACAGACGUCUCCUUCCGAGUCAAGUACAUGCUGGACGACUUCGACGCCCAGAGGGGCGUGUUCUUCUUCCACCCCCAGUACCUGCUCAACGUCCAGCGCUUCUGGACUGUCCAGGGUGUCCGCGCCAAACGCCUCAGCAGCGGCCUGAUGCUAGUCACUGCCGCCAUGGAACUGUGCGAGGAGGUCCACCUCUAUGGCUUCUGGGCGUUUCCCAUGAACCCCUCUGGCAUUUUCAUCACGCACCAUUACUAUGACAACGUCAAGCCCCGCCCCGGGUUCCACGCCAUGCCCCACGAGAUCUUUAACUUCCUGCACAUGCACACGCGAGGCAUCCUCCAUGUACACUCAGGACCUUGCACAUGAUCAUGCACCGGAGCCACGCCCACGGCGUAAUGCAUCAUGGGAAGUCACCAUUUACUCCUGUUUUUGUCUCGGUUGUUAAUUGAUCAUCAUUUUGCAUAUCUUCAUUUAGAUACAAUGGUGUUUUCUUACAGUUGAUGAGAGAUGGCCUUUUGAGCUCACACCGUAUAUUUGUGCUCUUUACACUAGCUCCAUGUGUUGAAGGUUGCUUGCUUUAAUGCCAACACUAUAAUUUAUCUUGGUGUGUUUCAUACUCUCUUGCUGAAUAAGCAACUCCAAUGGCCGCCGGUUUCUCUGAUUCUGUUAAUGUAGGUUGCUUGUUUUAAUGUGAUGUGAUCUUUCCUAGUGAUGUCGUUUCUGUGAAAUCUUAGUGGCUCGGUGGUACUGUUGUACAGAGGUUUGAACUUAACAUGUUGCACAACUAUUUACACUGUGCUCUCUUUCUCAGACGCUCUGUGGGUGAGGCAGCUUUUAUUUAUGUCUGUGUAAAAAUCCUGAACACUAUAGAUGUUGAGCGAAUCCAAAAUAAAUCUUCAAAGAUCCAACUGUUUAACCUUCAGUUGUCCAGCUACAUUAAACUGUUUUAUAUGGGUAAAUAUUUAUUAUAAAACACUUCCUGACCUGAGAGGACCUUUUUCAUAGGUCCACUUUCUUCUGUAUAACUAACUAGCCAAACACUGGAAGAUAUCCUUGGAUAUUUCUGAUGUGAAAUGAUGAUGUUUUAUUUGCUUGCUCUUUUUGGACAAAGGCAAGAUUAUGAAUAUUAUAUAAUCACCACCACCAUAGUAAAAUCUCUGACCUCCAGAACAGACAGUCCUAGUCACGCAUCAUAUGUAAGGCCAGGAGGGUUUCCUCACCUUGGGACCUGACUGGGAAAACUCUGGGCCCUAGUUAUAGCCUAUAACUAGGGCUUGAAGGGUUUCCUGGUCAGGCUACAUAGUAAGAAAAACACCUUGGCCCUAGUUAUUGGGAACUGUUGAGCAAUCGAUUUCUCUCUGUCAUUCAUGUCUUAAAACCAUGCUGCCUUAUGAUAUAAAUGUACAAAUCCUCUCUCAGAUAUGCAAUUCACCCCUGAAUUGCUUUUCUAAUGGACAUUCGUAUCAAACAAACUCUUGUUCUUACUGUCUGCUGACUCACCUUAAUAACCUCAAUGAGAAGAGGUUCACUUCUGCUGUUGAAAUUACUAAAUAUAAUAUAAUUCCUGUAAGAUAUAAUGCUAUUUGCAUACUCGUGAUGCAGUGCAUGAUUCUACUAUAUUCUUUGUUUUGUGUAUGCCUGCAACCAACACUGAAACAUGUUUACAAUGAUCAGCUUCUGCUAAAGCUCACAGUGCAUUGGGAGAGAUUAGUUUAAUUAAAAUUAUAUUAAAUUUAUCGUCAAUUGCACACAAGGUCCAACCGAAACUUGACUUUCGCUUUUAACUCAACCUCUCUAAAUCGGAGAGGUGCUGCCACUUUGGGCACUGUUGUUGUGGGGGGUUAACUGCCUUGCUCAAGGGCAGAACAACAGAUUUUUCAAACUAACAACUUUUCGGUUACUGGCCCAAUUCUCUAACCGCUAGGCUACCUGAAACCUUAUAUCAACCUUGAAUGGAUUUUAAAAGAGAACUGAUCGACGGAGGCACUUUUUCACAGAUGAUGGAAAGGAAUUACUAAUAUCGCCCCGUUUUGAAAUUAUACGAUUUUUGUUAUCAUUAUUAUCACUGCAUCGUGUCAUUUCCCUUUUGCAAUGUGACAAAGUUGUAACCUUGAAAGCAUCAUGGAUCUCAGCCUUGGAAUGCUGUAUGUCUCUAUUUGUAUUUGUUGUGUUUAACUGUGACAGAAUGGAGGAAAAUUACUGAACUGGAAACAUAGGGCCAUUCUUCUGUAUAUGCUGUGCAAUGCCUUUAGAUUUUUAUAAUGCCCCAAAUUCCCAUGAUCUUCCAUGAUCACUCCUAAAGUUUUUGGAAGAUUGUUUCUUUAAUUCACAGUCACACAGAUUGUGUGUAAAAGACACAAUGCACAAAAUAAGUUAUCCGUAUGAGCACAUUAACUAUUUUCAGUUUGAGUCAUCAAACUGUAGAGUAAAAAAUAACUAGGUAGAAGAAUCGGUCCGAAAAUGAAAGGAUGGAAUUAUUACAGUUUGAACAGUGAUACAAAACCUACAUUCUGGGUCAUUCUUUAUAUUGUGUUUGUAAAUAAACAUGUUUGGAUUUUC